GUUGAGUCUCCUUUUGUCCGCGAUCUUUUUACAUCUCUGAACCAAAACUCGUACGCUUCUUCAUGGUCGUUCAUGUGUAGAGGCUGCGAGACAGAAACCCUGGCUCACUUCGGAUCCGACAACUGGUGUCUUACACGCUCUCUCGGUUCUUACAUCUCGUCUUUUCUAGCCGAAAAGUUCGAUAACCGACAAGGUAGAGUCGUGGCUUACACCGAUGUUGGAUUGAUAUUGAUUUACGUAGUGACGAACCAAUCUUUUUACGUAGCUAAUCCUGUCUCAAGGCAGUGCGUAGAGAUCCUUCCUCAUAUUCAUGCAAUGGAACGUUUUUGGAUAUUGGGGAUUGUGACACGAACUGAGAACGAGGUCGUUUUGGGUUACAAAGUUGUUUUGUUAAACAACUUUACUAGUUUCUUGAUAUAUUCAUCUGAGACCGGUUCAUGGAGUCUUGAAACCGUUAGUUUUCCUUUCAUUUUCAUCGCUCAGGAGUUUAACAAUCCCAUUAGCUUGAACGGAAAGCUUCACUGGCUCGCUCACAAUCCGGAGUAUAAAGAUUUUCUUGUAUCAUUCGAUUUCUACGCAAAUGGUGACAACAAGGAUUCUGAUAGAUGUCGCGUUACGCCUUUCCCUGACUUGGACAAAACUACGAAAUUCAAAAGAGCUUGCACAACUUGUCAAGGGUUUCUCAUGUACAUUAACAUAGUCUCUAUAGCCAAAGUUGAUAAGCUGUGUGUAUGGAGGCUAGAGAGGGAAGGAUGGCAACUAGUAUCUGAAAUAUCUACUGGUUUUAUAACGCCUGGUUUUGAUUAUAUUCCGUUGGGGAUGAACCCUUUUGAUGAUAAACUAGUGUACUUUUGGAGGGGAAACAUGCAGGGCCAAGAUUUGUUGUCUAUUAACUUACACAAUGGGGAGUUUAUAGUCCACGAAGAGCUGGAACGUAGCAGCGACGGUCGCGUUCUGAGUUCCGUUGGUGGUCCGAGAGAGAUAGAAUACAUAAGGGAAUCAUAUUAUUCCUCGUUCGUUCUCCCAAGGUGGCUGCAUCCUUUCCCGAACUAGGUGCGAGUUUAGAUGUAAUAUAUAUUAUAAAAGAGUUAGCUGUUUUUUUUUUCUUCUUCUUGAUAACUACUGUU